AUGGCGUGGAUUUGGGGCUCCACCUCGAGCAAGGAGCCCGAUCGACCGCCGUCUCCCGCUCCUUCUCAAGCACCAAGCCCUGCAGUCGACAACUCGGCCGCAGAGAUUCGAACUCCAGCACCAGAGGUAGAUGAGGAGGAGUACAUGCUGGAAGUUCAACCGCGCGGGUUGAAGCGAAAGGCCGGACAUGAGGUUGGAGACAUCUCCGUACGCGGCUUCAAAGUGGUGUACAAUUCGAGCAAGGUCAUACCGGCCAUAAGCAAAAUGCACAACGACUCUGUCAGCACGCAGCCAGCUGGCGAGCACCUCCUGCAUCUCCCCGAGUCUGUUCAGAGACUAAUCUACAGCUUCGUGCUCGUCGAUGAAGCACCUUACGAUGUCCUUCCCCAAGGCCAUUUAGUGCCACAGCCACUCGUCAGCUGGGACAUCACCGACAGCAGCCAACUCGUCAAGCGCCAACACACGAAGUCCGAUGGCACACCGAUUCGCGAAGCACCUGGACUCCUCACAGCCUGCAAGCAGAUUCGCGAACUUGCUGUUCCUAUCUUCUUUUUUGGAAACUCUUUCAACAUCCGUGUCUCGAACUUCGAUGGACUUGCGAUUCAGCCCUUCUGGAAGCUGAUGGACUCGCAUCGUCAACAAGCUGAGAAAGAUCCAAUCCUCCUAGCCGGAAGCCACGAUGAGCUUGGCUUUUUCGAAGCAUUGCAGGAGAAGUCGACACCGCUACUGGACGGCCUUGAGGACCACAUCUCUUCGAGGCCGACAGCCACCAAGGAGUGCGAGUUCACGAUCUGCCGCCUCAACGAUCCUCCCACCACCUCACUCACGAUGGGCGAGAUCAAGUGUGACCUCUCGUAUGAACCGCACUGGGAUAACUUGCUCCUCUGGCUGCGCGAGUGCAUCAAGGGCGAGCUGCCACCCUUCAAUCCAGGCGAUCUGUCUGAGCACCAAGAUGGGCACAAGUUGACGUCUAUCGAAUGGCUCUUCCAGAUCACGAAAAUUUACAAGCCGACUGAGAUGGACGAGUUUCUGAAGGCCAUCGCCACACAUCGUGGUCAUCUCAUCCGGGACGAUCCCAGAUGGGCACCAUCGCCCCAGUAUGAGGACAUCGAGGAGUCUCAGACGCUUCGUCACGCCACACCCCAAAUCUCUCCACGCGAGACUCCUUCAAAGCAGUUCGUCUUCACUUCGUCGCCACCCUUGCCCCAAGUCUCGACCACGUCCAGGCUUGGAAUGGGCAAAGGCUAUCAACACGCACGAGAGUCUCUGGGCCCAGCUUUUCGAAAGUCAACUUCUCUGGCGUCUAGCUCGAGUGGCCAGCGUGUGGAAGUUAAGGGUUCUGAUGAUGAGGAGGACUCGGAUGAGGAAGAGUUGUUUUGCCAUACGAAUAAGAAGAGAAAGAUAAACUUGGUGGUGGACCUGGAUGGGGAGUCUGGGGAUGAGGAUACGAAUGCGAAUGAUGAUGGAGAGGUGGGCAAGAAUGGUUUUGAUGAGGACUGA